CCCCGCCCCGUGCCCACCGUCGCAUCCGGCGGGGAAAGUGGUGCCGGUGGCCGCGGCCUCGGCGUCGGCCCGGGGUCUGCCAUUGCUAUGCCGCGGGGGCGGCGGCAGGAACGCGGGGGCGGGGGGCAGCAGUUGGUGCUGAGCAGGUUCUUCGAAGCGGCGGGGAGCGGCGGACAGCAGAGUGCCGCCCGGCAGACGGCUUCCGAAUUGGGCAUAAAAAGAACUUCAACUGAAAGCAAUGAACCCUAUGAAAAGAAGACCAAGACACGACAGAUUACUCUAGAAGAUGUCUGUAAACCACUGAAGACUCAGGAUAAAAAAGAACCCGAGAAGCGUGAAAAGCCCCGUAUAUGUUUGCAAACUCUAGACAGACUCAGAGAAUUCUGCAGUGAUUCAAACCAGCAGUAUAACAGAGUCCGAGAGGAUAGUUUUCGGGAGAAAGAAUCUCUGAGCUUGGAAAAAUGUCCCAAUAUUACUGGGAGAAGUUCAGAGUUGAAAAACCCUCUUCAGUCUUGGGACACUAGCCCAAAAGUUACUCGGAAGGAGGAGUUACACUGUGAUUUUAGUCAGUUUGCUGCAUCUCUUAAGUCUUACGAAAGUACACAAAAUACUUCAGAUACAAAUCUUAAUAAGAGAACCAAAAGCAUUUACACUCCACUAGAACUUCAAUUCAUAGAAAUGAAGAAACAAUACAAAGAUGCUGUUUUGUGUGUGGAAUGUGGAUACAAAUACCGCUUCUUUGGAGAAGAUGCAGAGAUUGCAGCUAAAGAGCUAAACAUUUACUGUCAUCAGGAUCAUAACUUUAUGACUGCCAGUAUACCGAGUCAUAGAUUGUUUGUUCAUGUGCGGCGGCUUGUAGCGAGUGGAUAUAAGGUUGGAGUAAUAAAACAAAUGGAAACUGCAGCACUGAAAGCUGCUGGAGAAAAUAAAAGCUCUCUCUUCAGCCGGAAACUGACUGCUCUCUACACAAAGUCCACGCUUAUUGGAGAAGAUGUAAACCCUUUGCUGAAGCUAGAUGAUUCUUUAGAUGUUGAAGAGGUAACAACAGAUGUUCCUGAUAAUUACCUCCUCUGUAUCUCUGAAAAUGGAGAAAACUUAAAAGACAAGAAGAAAGGUGACAUUGUUUUAGGCAUUAUGGCAAUCCAGCCAACAACUGGAGAAGUAAUUUUUGACAGUUUUCGAGAUUGUGCAUCUCGUUUAGAAUUGGAGAGCCGAAUUUUGCGUCUGCAGCCUGUUGAAAUAAUACUUCCAUCUAGCUUGUCAGAUCAAUCUGAAAAGCUCAUCAACAGUAUAACCUCCAUGAGGUUACGGGAUGACAGAAUUAGGAUAGAGAGGAUGGAAAACCUCCAUUUUGAGUACAACCAUGCUUUCCAGGUGAUUACUGAUUUUUAUGCAAAAGAAGUUCUUGAUCCUAAAGGUCCUCAAAAACUAUCUGUAAUACUAAGCUUGGAUAAUCCUGUUAUUUGUGCCCUGGCAGCAGUAAUUGCUUACCUCAAAGAAUUUAAUUUGCAAAAAAUGCUUUACAAUCCAAGCAAUUUCAAACGGUUGUCAAGUAAAACCGAAUACAUGACAAUUAAUGGGACAACAAUGAAAAACCUUGAAAUUUUACAGAAUCAGACUGAUAUGAAGACAAAAGGAAGCCUGCUAUGGGUUUUGGAUCAUACUAAAACUUCCUUCGGACGUCGAAGAUUGAAAAAAUGGGUAACCCAGCCUCUCAUGAAAUCCAGUGAAAUAAAUGCCCGUCUUGAUGCCGUGUCUGAAAUUCUACUGUCAGAAUCCAGUGUGUUUGGUCAGAUUCGAAAUCUUCUCUGUAAGCUGCCAGAUAUAGAGAGAGGCCUCUGCAGUGUUUUUCACAAAAAGUGCUCGACCCAGGAGUUCUUCUUGAUAGUCAGCACCCUUUCUCGUCUGGACUUGGAAAUUCAAGCUCUUGUUCCGGUUAUACAUUCUCAUGUGAAAACUCCUCUAUUACAAAAUGUACUGUUGGAAAUCCCAGAACUUCUUUCCCCAGUAAAACAUUAUUUGAAGAUUCUUAAUGAAGAAGCAGCCAAAUCUGGAGAUAAAACCCAAUUGUUCAAGGACCUUACAGACUUCCCUGUCAUCAGAAAGAAAAAGGAGGAGAUCCUGGAUGUGCUUUCUAAAAUCAAAUUGCAUCUGGUGGACAUUCGUAAACAGAUUAAGAAUCCUUCUGCAGAAUAUGUUACAGUUUCUGGUCAAGAGUUUAUGAUAGAAGUCAAGAAUUGCCAUAAAUCUUCUGUGCCAUCUGACUGGGUUAUGGUUAGUAGCACAAAAGCUGUCAGCCGUUUCCACUCUCCUUUUAUUAUAGAAAAUUACAGACAUCUGAAUCAGCUCCGGGAGCAGCUAGUCCUUGACUGCAAUGCUGAAUGGCUAAGUUUUUUAGACCAUUUUAGUGAACAUUAUCACCCUGUGUCUAAAGCGAUUGGUCACCUAGCAACUGUCGACUGUCUGUUCUCAUUGGCCCAGGUGGCUAAACAAGGAGACUAUUGCAGACCAACGGUGCAAGAUAAUCAUCGAGAAAUAAUUAUUAAAAAUGGGAGGCAUCCUGUGAUUGAUGUACUGCUAGGUGAACAGGAUCAGUAUGUUCCAAAUACCACUAACCUUUCAGGAGAUGGUGAAAGGGUCAUGAUAAUAACUGGACCCAACAUGGGAGGAAAGAGCUCCUACAUAAAGCAAGUUGCACUGAUCACAGUCAUGGCACAGAUUGGUUCUUACGUUCCUGCAGAGGAGUCAACAAUUGGUGUUGUGGAUGGUAUUUUUACCAGAAUGGGUGCAGCAGACAAUAUUUAUAAAGGGCGAAGUACUUUUAUGGAAGAACUGACAGAUACUGCUGAGAUAAUAAGAAAAGCAACUUCAAGAUCACUAGUAAUUUUGGAUGAACUGGGAAGAGGAACUAGCACACAUGAUGGAAUUGCUAUUGCUUAUGCUACACUUGAACAUUUUAUUAGAGAUGUGGAGUCACUGACACUGUUUGUCACUCACUAUCCCUCAGUUUGUGAGUUAGAGAAAGUAUAUCCAGAAAAGGUUGGUAAUUACCAUAUGGCUUUCUUGGUGAAUGAGGAAGAAAGUACUGAACAAAAAGGAUCUGAAGAUGAAGAGAAUCCUGAAUUUAUCACUUUUCUUUAUCAAAUUACUAAAGGAGUCUCUGCAAGGAGUUAUGGGCUAAAUGUUGCCAAACUGGCAGAUAUUCCCGAAGAAGUCUUGAAGAAGGCAGCUCACAAAUCAAAGGAAUUGGAGAGCAUAGUGAACAUGAAAAGAAAAAAGCUGAAGUCCUUUGCUGAAGUGUGGAAAAUAAAUGACUCUCAGGAACUACAAAGAUGGAAAAGUAUGUGUGAAGCUGAUGAUGAAAGAAAAGACAGUUUUUAAUCCUCAAAUCACACUUAAAGAUGGAAAACAUUGCAGAUGCAAAAUCUAGGUCUGAUGACUAAGAAAUUCUAUGGGGAUAUAUUUCUAGGUGCAUUUGACUUUUCUGCUUUUUGAGGGAUAAGAGAAGCCGCAUUGUGUAUGAUGCCCCACAUCAACUUCCUCAUUGUAUGUCAUUUUCUUGGUCCUCAUUCCUUCCCUGAACUAUUUUCUACCCUUUUCCUUAAUUGAAAAAUGUCUACUGGUGUUGGAUUUAGUUUCUAAUACAUUUAUAAAACAUGAAAAAUU